GAAUUUGAUUUGAAGAACCAACAAAUUUUCCAUCUCAUCUAUUAAUUUUCAAUAUUGUGACCAAUUGAAGAGACUUCCGUUAUUCAUUGAACUGUUGUGUUGAGAAUACCAUGUGGUUCUUAUUGCUUGUGAUUGUGGUAUUGAUUUUACUGUAUUUGAGCAAUGUAAAACCAGUAAAUUUUCCACCCGGCCCAAAAUGGUAUCCAAUUAUCGGUAAUAUGUGGGAAAUUUAUAACGAGCGCAUAAAAAAUGGAAUGUUGUGCAAAGCAAUAAUGUGUAUGGCCAAGAAAUAUAGAACAAAUCGUGUUAUUGGUUUAAAAGUGGGAAAAGAUAAAAUUGUAGUAGCCAUAGAAUCGGAUGCUAUUCUUGAAAUGGUUCGUAAUGAAGACUUGGACGGUCGACCGUUCGGACCAUUUUUCACAACACGAACAUGGGGCUUACGCCGUGGAAUUAUUCUUGUCGAUGAACUGUUUUGGCAAGAACAACGACGUUUUAUUAUGCGACAUUUAAAAGAAUUUGGUUUUGCACGUCGUGGAAUGAUUGAAAUAAUUCAAAAUGAAUGUGAACAUUUAUUGAGUGACUUUAAAAUGCUUUUAUUUCGACAAAAUGGAGAUGCGAUGGUAUCAAUGUGUGAUGCAUUCAGUAUUUAUGUGUUGAACACAUUGUGGACAAUGAUGGCCGGAAUUCGUUAUAAUCAAGAAAAUAAAGAAGUGCAACAUUUACAAAGAAUGCUUAAUACAUUGUUCACAAAAGUUGAUAUGGUCGGUGCACCGUUUAGUCAUUUUCCAUUUUUACGAUUUUUGGCACCACAUUUUUCCGGUUACACACAAUUCAAAGACAUUCAUGAAAUGCUGUACAAAUUUUUGGGCAGGGAACUUGAAAAUCACAAGCAACAUUUUAAAAUAGAUAAUGAACCCAAAGAUCUAAUGGAUGUAUAUUUACAAGCGAUUAAUAGCACACAAACUCAUAACGACAGUUUUAGUGAAAAACAAUUAUUGGCCAUUUGCUUGGAUAUGUUUGUCGCUGGAUCAGAUACGACCAAUAAAUCAAUGGGAUUUUUAAUGUUACAUCUCAUACGAAAUCCGGAUAUACAAACUAGAAUGCAAGAGGAAAUUGAUCGAGUCAUUGGACGAAAUCGAUUGCCAACGCUUGAGGAUCGGGCAAAAAUGCCAUUCUGCGAAGCAUCCGUUCUGGAGGGUAUUAGAAUGUUUAUGGGAUACACUUUUGGUGUACCACAUCGUGCAUUACGUGAUACCAAACUUUGUGGCUUCAACAUUCCAAAAGAUACAAUGGUAGUUCCAUGCUUUUAUGGAAUGGCAUUUGAUAAAACAAUUUGGCCUGAUUCUGAUCCAGAAAUGGAUUGCUUUAAAUUUUGUCCAGAUCGAUUUAUUAAGAAUGGCAAAAUUCAUGUUCCGGAGCGACAUAAACCAUUUGGAGCUGGAAAACAUCGUUGCAUUGGCGAGUUAAUGGCACGAGCAAAUAUAUUUCUAUUUACAACAACAUUGUUGCAAAACUUUUGUUUUCAAAUUCCACCUGGAUAUGCAGUACCAACUUCACAACCAGUAGAUGGUGUUACGGCGGGAAUUCAACAAUAUACGGCACGUGUGCUAAAUCGAUAAAGGCAUACUAACUAUAAUGGCCGAGUAUCACUUACGUUGUAUAUUGACAAUGUAUUUGAACGCGACUCGAUUUAAGAAGCGCCAUCUCUGUCACGCCAG